AUGGCUCUCAAUUCGGGACGGAAGCGCUCGUUGCGCCAUUUCCUUCUCUUUUUGUCCUUCUAUGUGCCGCUUCGAUCGGGCUAUUCUCUUUCCUUCAACAUACAUCGGUUCGACCCGCAGGCCACGGACAUGGUCUAUGAAGGCGAUGCGAAGCCCAACGUCGGGACAAUCGACUUCACUAGCUCCACUUACUCGUGCCAUGUCGGCAGAGCAUUUUACGCCCAGAAGUUGAGGCUCUGGGACUCCGCCUCCAGGAGGCUCACUGACUUCUCCACUCGCUUCUCCUUCACCAUCGAUACGUGGAACCAGACGUCGUAUGGGGCCGGCUUGGCCUUCUUCCUUGCCCCGGUCGGCUUCCAAAUCCCGGUCAAUUCGGUUGGUGGCUUCUUAGGCCUGUUUAACACCACGAACAGCGACUACUCAUCGAACCAAAUCAUCGCGGUCGAGUUUGACACCUUCGCCAAUCCCGAAUGGGACCCUUCGUAUGAGCAUGUCGGGAUCAACAAAAACUCGAUCGCCUCAGCCGUGACUACCCCUUGGAACGUCAGCUUCCACAGCGGCCACACCGCCGACACGUGGAUUGUGUACAACUCCACGACCAAGAACUUGAGCGUUUCUUGGAGCUACCAGACUACACCGAACCCGCACGAAAGCACAAGUGUUUCGUAUCUGAUUGAUCUCACCACUGUCUUGCCCGAGGAGGUGAUGAUCGGUUUCUCAGCUGCGACUGGCUAUUACAUUGAAAGUCACCAAGUUGAAUCUUGGUCCUUCAGUUCAAACCUUGAAGUCAAUACAAAGCAAGGAAAUACAAAAAGGAUCAAGUUAGUUGUUGGCUUAGCAGUUCCACUGGGAGUCCUACUCUGCGGCACGGUGGCAAUAUCCGCAAUCCUCUGGAGGAGGAAGAGGAGGAGCGAGGGACCGGAGAUGGCAAACUUGACGUCCAUAAAUGACGAGCUUGAGAGAGGCGCAGGGCCACGGAGGUUUACAUACGCCGACCUCGUUUCCGCCACCAACAACUUCGCUGAGGAGAGAAAGCUGGGCCAGGGUGGGUUUGGGGCAGUGUACAGGGGAUAUCUGGUUGGCCUGGACGCAGCAGUGGCGGUGAAGCGGAUAUCGAGAGGUUCCAAACAGGGGAAGAGGGAGUUCAUCACCGAGGUGAAGGUGAUCACCAGCUUGAGACACAGAAAUUUGGUGCAACUGAUAGGUUGGUGCCACGAGGGGAAUGAGUUCCUCCUCGUCUACGAGUUCAUGCCGAACGGUAGUCUUGACAGGCACCUCUUCGGCAAGAAGAGCCCGAUAAGUUGGGCUGCCCGGUAUAAGAUUUCGGUCGGGCUCGCCUCAGCGCUGCUCUAUCUCCAUGAGGAGUGGGAGCAGUGCGUGGUGCAUCGGGACAUCAAGUCGAGCAACGUGAUGCUAGACUCGGGGUUCAACGUCAAGCUUGGAGACUUUGGGCUGGCCCGCCUCAUGGACCACGAGCUAGGGCCGCAGACGACCGGGCUAGCUGGCACGUUCGGGUACCUGGCCCCGGAGUAUGUGAGCACAGGGCGAGCAAGCAAGGAGUCCGAUGUGUAUAGCUUCGGGGUGGUCGCACUCGAGAUUGCUACGGGACGGAGGUCCGUUGAUCCGAUAGAGCCAACGCCAGAGAUGAGUUUGGUGGAGUGGGUGUGGGAUCUCUAUGGGAAAGGCCGGGUUGUUGUGGCUGUAGACGAGAGACUCCAAGCGGAUUUUGAUGGGAAACAAGUGGAGUGCUUGUUGCUCGUGGGCUUGUGGUGUGCUCAUCCCGAUCGGGGCUUGAGGCCUUCCAUACGGCAAGCGCUUCAGGUCCUCAAUUUCGAGGCUACGGUGCCAGUGCUCUCUAAUAAGAUGCCGAUCGCAGUGUACCAUGCCCAGUUGUCGCCGUCCGUCAGCUCCGGCGAGCCUUUCAUCACCAAUAGUUUCGAAGAAGGUCGUUGA